AUGGGACAAACUGCAACUUUGCCCUGCAGAAAAGGUGGAACGUACGUCAUCGAGCUUUAUGAAUGGUUCAGGAAGUUUCUGAAUGAGUGUCCAAGUGGCCUGAUCACCCUGCAUGAGUUCAGACGGCACUUCUGCAAUGGGACGGUAGGGAAGGAAUCAGCAGAGUAUGCAGAGCAGAUCUUUCGAACACUCGAUAACAAUGGGGAUGGAGUUGUGGACUUCAGAGAAUAUGUGACCGCCAUCAGCAUGUUGAUUGAGGGCUCGACGGUGGAAAAACUGCGCUGGUCCUUCAAACUUUACGACAAAGACAAAGACGGAGCCAUUACACGAUCAGAGAUGCUGGAAAUCAUGCAGGCGGUGUACAAGAUGAGUGUUGCAGCAUCACUCACCAAACCUGAUCCCCUGACCGCUGAAGAGUGUACCAACAGGAUUUUUGUACGACUGGACAAAGAUAACAAUGCCAUCAUCAGUCAAGAUGAGUUCAUUGAAGGCGCACUGAAUGACGAAUGGAUCAGAGAGAUGCUGGAGUGUGAUCCCAACACAGUGAAGAUGGAGAGAUCUCUUAAAGGCCACACAGUGCUGUAA